AUGACUGUCCCAGGAGGUCCUCACUCUACUUCCAAUCCUUCGGGGUAUUUCGUCUCCUCUAGUACCGCCCCAGCCACCCCGUCGGAGCUCAGCAAGGACCGCGAGGUCAUUGUUAAACUACGAAAUGCUGGUGUAGUGCGCACCUACCGGCGUCUUACGACUUUGGAUAUCAAGCAGAGAGCGGAAACAGCAAAACAGAAAAUAUGCGUCCAGACAGGGACUCUCUCCCUAGCUAAGGCGCGUUUUGUGGCUGCUAGACAGCUUAGGUCUGGCUACCUGAGCCUCUCACUCCGCUACGCCGCUGAGGCCGAAGCUGCCAGGACCCACGAUCAAUGGGCCAAUCACCUGAGCGCGGGGGCCAUGCUGCGGCAUCCCUCUUGGGGUAUCGUUGUACAUGGGAUCGUACUUAAGUCAAUUGGAGAUCUUACCACCGAAACAGAACAACAACGGGUAGCUAGCGAGCUACUCGGAGAAAACAGAGACUGCUGGGUAAGCAAGGAAGCUCCACAGAUUUCCCGAAUCACGCGUAUCGCGUGGCUCACUUAUUCGUCUAACCAUAAGAACCAGAAAUCGUCUGCCCUGAUCGUAGAAUUCCUAGAUCCCCGUUACGCCAACGAGGCAAUCGCACGAGGCACCAUUUGGGACAGCGAAUUGUCUGUUCGAAUAAAACAACUUGCGGGCUCUGUGGGGGAAGCCACGAGACCCGGAACUGCUCCCACAAGUCUACCAACAGCCCGGAGCGCCGCUGUGCAGGGUGUAGAGAAGCACACGCUGCCUGGCACAAAGGGUGUUCGGGCUAGUGAACUCUCCGAAGAUAGGAUAGGUUUUGCUGCGGACGGAGUGGGUACGCCUCCGCAGCCUAACCGGGAGAAAGCCGGUCAGCAGAGCGAGCCGGAGAUGCCUGCCCCAGUGACCCCGAUGGGCCCUGGAGGAGCCUGGGGCAAGGGCCAGAAGAUUAGUAUGUUACUCCUAGACGUGGCUGGCGCCUUCGACAACGUCUCGCAUAUACGGCUCCUCCAUAAUCUACAUAUGAUAGGGCUCGGCUUCUUCGCCGGCUGGCUCAAAUCUUUCCUAUCGAACCGUUCUACAAGGCUGCAGCUCCCCGGAUAUCUAAGCAACCUUAUUUUAAUCCCUACCAGGAUCCUCCAGGGGUCCCCUAUAUCGCCGAUCGCACACCUCGAUUAUCAUUCAGAUGCGCACUAUGAGGAUAGGAUUAAGGCUCUUCCUCUACAAGAUCAAAAUCAAACAGGUCGAUUCCGACCGGUGCGCCUGUGA